CUUUGUGUUGUCUGCCAGAUUUAAGGAUCACAGUGCAACUAUGGAUAGUGAACCAAACUCUGGAACAUCUUCUGUGUCAACAACAGCCAGUAGCACCACCACCACCACCAUCACCACUUCCUCCUCUCGAAUGCAGCAACCACAGAUCUCUGUGUACAGUGGCUCAGACCGACAUGCUGUUCAGGUAAUUCAACAGGCAUUGCAUCGCCCCCCGAGCUCGGCUGCUCAGUACCUCCAGCAGAUGUAUGCGGCUCAGCAACAACAUUUGAUGCUGCACACAGCUGCUCUUCAGCAGCAGCAUCUAAGCAGCUCCCAGCUCCAGAGCCUUGCUGCUGUUCAGGCAAGUUUGUCCAGUGGAAGACCAUCUACAUCCCCCACAGGAAGUGUCACACAACAGUCAAGUAUGUCCCAGACAUCUAUCAACCUCUCCACUUCUCCUACACCUGCUCAGUUGAUGAAUCGCUCCCAGGGCUCCAGUUCUACUAGCGGCAGUAUUACCCAACAGACGAUGUUACUAGGCAGUACCUCCCCGACCUUAACAGCUAGUCAAGCUCAAAUGUAUCUCCGAGCUCAGAUGCUGAUUUUCACACCCGCUACCACUGUGGCUGCUGUGCAGUCUGACAUUCCUGUUGUCUCGUCGUCAUCGUCACCUUCCUGUCAGUCUGCAGCUGCUCAGGUUCAGAAUUUAACAUUACGCAGCCAGAAGUUGGGUGUCUUAUCUAGCUCACAGAAUGGCCCACCAAAAAGCACUGGUCAAACCCAGUCUUUGACAAUUUGCCAUAAUAAAACAACAGUGACCAGUUCUAAAAUCAGCCAACGAGAUCCUUCUCCAGAGAGCAAGAAGGGAGGAAGCCCAAGUUUGGAAUCUCGAAGCACAGCAGUCACUCGGACAUCAAGCAUUCACCAGUUAAUAGCACCAGCUUCAUAUUCUCCAAUUCAACCUCAUUCUCUAAUCAAACAUCAACAGAUUCCUCUUCAUUCACCACCUCCUAAGGUUUCCCAUCAUCAGCUGAUUUUACAACAGCAACAACAGCAAAUUCAGCCAAUCACCCUUCAGAGUCCAACUCAAGAUCCGCCCCCAUCCCAGCACUGUAUCCCACUCCCAAACCAUGGAUUAUCUCCUGCUCCCAGUAAUGUCCAGUCACAGCAUUGCUCACCAAUUCAGAGCCAUCCCCCUCCUUUAACUGUGUCUCCCAAUCAGGCACAAUCAGCACAGCAGUCUGUAGUGGUGUCUCCUCCUCCUUCUCAUUCCCCAAGUCAGUCUCCUACUAUAAUUAUCCAUCCGCAAGCACUUAUACAGCCACAUCCUCUUGUGUCUUCAGCUCUUCAAACAGGGCCAAGUUUGCAGCAGGCUACUGCUGAUCAGGUACAACCCACAACACAGCUGAAUCUUCCAUCCCAUCUUCCACUUCCAGCAUCCCCUGUUGUACACAUUGGCCCAGUCCAGCAGUCUGCCUUGGUGUCCCCUGCUCAGCAGAUUGUGUCUCCAACAUCACACCAGCAAUAUUCAACCCUGCAGUCAUCUCCAAUUCCAAUUGCAACCCCUCCACAGAUGUCGACAUCUCCUCCAGCUCAGAUCCCACCACUGCCCUUGCAGUCUAUGCAGUCUUUACAAGUGCAGCCUGAAAUUCUAUCCCAGGGCCAGGUUUUGGUGCAGAAUGCAUUGGUGUCAGAAGAAGAGCUCCCUGCUGCAGAAGCUCUGGUCCAGUUGCCAUUUCAGACUCUUCCUCCUCCACAGACUGUUGCGGUAAAUCUCCAAGUACAACCAGCAGCACCUGUUGAUCCACCAGUGGGAAUGCAUUUGAACCAGUGUCAUCUGCACAAAGUUUUUUCUCUUAAGGUUUAUCAAGUAGAAGAUGUGUGUGAGGAAGAAAUGCCCGAGGAGUCAGAUGAGUGUGCAAGGAUGGAUAGGACACCACCACCACCCACCUUGUCUCCAGCAGCUAUAACUGUGGGUCGAGGGGAGGACUUGACAUCUGAGCAUCCUUUGUUAGAGCAAGUGGAGUUGCCUGCUGUGGCCUCAGUCAGUGCUUCAGUGAUUAAGUCACCAUCAGAUCCUGCCCAUGGUUCUGUUCCUCCACCACCACUCUUAAUUCCCGCUGCUGCCACAAGGAGCAAUAGCACAUCUAUGGCCACCAGCACUCCCAGCCUAGAAAACAAGCCUCCACAGGCUAUUGUCAAACCACAGAUCUUGACCCAUGUUAUUGAAGGGUUUGUGAUUCAGGAAGGAUUGGAGCCAUUUCCUGUGAGUCGUUCAUCUUUGCUGAUAGAACAACCUGUGAAAAAGAGGCCUCUUUUGGAUAAUCAGGUGGUGAACUCUGUGUGUGUUCAGCCAGAGUUACAAAAUAACACAAAGCACGCAGAUAACUCAUCUGACACAGAGAUGGAAGACAUGAUUGCGGAAGAGACAUUAGAAGAAAUGGAUAGUGAGUUGCUCAAGUGUGAAUUCUGUGGAAAAAUGGGAUAUCCUAAUGAAUUCUUACGGUCAAAACGAUUCUGUACUAUGUCAUGUGCCAAAAGGUACAACGUUAGCUGUUCUAAAAAAUUUGCACUAAGUCGUUGGAAUCGUAAGCCUGAUAAUCAAAGUCUUGGGCAUCGGGGCCGUCGUCCAAGUGGCCCUGAAGGAACAGCAAGAGAACAUAUCCUUAGGCAGCUUCCAAUUACUUAUCCAUCUGCAGAAGAAGACUUGGCUUCUCAUGAAGAUUCUGUGCCCUCUGCUAUGACAACUCGUCUGCGCAGGCAGAGUGAACGGGAAAGAGAACGUGAGCUUCGAGAUGUGAGAAUUAGGAAAAUGCCUGAGAACAGUGACUUGCUCCCAGUUGCACAGACAGAGCCCUCUAUAUGGACGGUCGAUGAUGUCUGGGCCUUCAUCCAUUCUUUGCCUGGCUGCCAGGAUGUUGCAGAUGAAUUCCGGGCACAAGAGAUUGAUGGACAGGCCCUGCUCUUGCUAAAAGAAGACCAUCUCAUGAGUGCAAUGAAUAUCAAGCUGGGCCCAGCCCUGAAGAUCUGUGCACGCAUCAACUCUCUGAAGGACUCUUAACAGGAACCCAAGGCUUUCAUGUGCUAUCAGUUUUACUCCUCUUAGUAGGUAAAGGUAAAGCCUCAUUUGGCUGAGAAUGUUAGGCUGAUGAUGGAAGGCCAAGCACACUGGGACCGCACUUCCAGUGCCGACAUUUCUCUUCAUGUACCCUGACUCAUCAUACAUUUUCAUAAUUAGCCAACAUUGGUGAAGUUAAUUUUACCAAUUACAUACCACACCAAAAGACUUGUUAUAGAGGCCCAUAUUUUUCAAAGAAACACAUACUAGAUAAUUUUUUAAAG